AUGUCGCCCGAGUCACUAACAGCGUCUUCAACACUCGCGACCGAACCGAUACUGUGGCGAGGCAGCGACUUGAUCGAGGAACCUGAGUUAACCAAGGCGAUCAAGUACUUGGUCGAGCUGCACACAAGAUCUAGUCGCUCAAGAUCAAGGCUCGCGCUAGCUGCCAGAGCUGGUGCGCGCGCUGGUCCUUCGGCGUAUUCGUGCGCGCACAGACUGGCGCAUGAGCCUUCGCACAUUCCGAAUUCCCCACCCGCCCUCGCGCAAGCGUCCCAAGUCGUGGGUCUGCUCAUGGAAGGCAGUCCGCUGUACUUGCCGGACACCUUGCAGCACGUGAACACACCGGACAUCGACCAAUUCCUGCACAAGCACAACGGCGUCAAGGGCAUCGAAGGCAACGAGCUCAAAUACGGCGACGAGCUCCAGUUCGGUGCCGUCCACACAAGGAAGAGCGCGCGGCUGCCGAUACGAGGAUGA